AAGGUGACGAUGAUGCUCAGGCCUCCAUCUCCUGUCCUUAGCUCCAUGACUAGCUCGGACCAUAAAGCUAGCGAUCGGCGCUAGGCUCGAAACAGGCGGCCGUACCGUAGAUAAAAAGGAUCAACUGAGCCGUGCGAUCAGCCAUCCAAUCCCGUGUCCCUUGGAGGCUCGAGUGAUGUGUCAUUGCUGUCCUCCAUAUUGCUGAUCUGAUACUGGGUGAAUGGCACCAUCGCGAUAAGCGCUAAAGAUGGCGCAUUUCGCCUCUGAUCGCUACUCUCGCACGCAGUCUAGAUCACCUAUUCUCCCUCACAUUGGCGGCGAUCACCCACGCUCCACUGGCACACACGAUCACUCCGCUGCUUCCAGUGACCAUUCUCCGGCCGGCAAUGCUCACCGAUUCCCCUCCUCGCCACCACGUACGCACGCCCAUCCGCACGCCCAUCCGCAUGCACACGCACACGCACAUGUACAUGUACAUGUACAUGACAACGGAAAGGGAAAGGACGUGAGGCAGUCAGCCAACAAGCAUCAUCGGUUUCCCAAAGACGAGCACGCCACCACUGCCGCCGCCACUGCUUCUGCUGCCUCUGCUCCUGCUGCUAGAGCUCUCGCUACCCCUACUGCCACAUCUGCUGCGCUGGCAGGCACAACCAAGGGCACCGAACCCACUGAUGCCACCAAGUCAAGACCCACCGUCAAUUGGACUCCAUCUGCCAGUGCGCCUGCCACCACUGCCGCCUCACACCCUCAGCGCACACCUGCUGCUGCUGCUGCUGCUGCUGCUGCCACUCGCGCCUCCACUCCCACUCCCUCAGCCUCCUCCCCUCCAGAUCCUAAGUCCACAUCUCGACCUGGCCCAGUCCCUGCCCCUGCCCCUCUACCUCACUCUCGACCUGCUACCCAACCUCCUCCCUCGGCUUCUGUCCCCGCUGUGCCCCCUGUCCCUGCGCCUGAUACUCCCUCCGUCCCUGCUAAUUCCUCCGCACCUGCAGCACCUCCCGCACAAGGCAGUGAGUGCAAGCCCAAUCCGCGCAAGUGCAAGAGGCGAUGUGCAUUCCAGAGGGGAGAGGGGAGGGUGUCAGAGCCAGCAGCCCCUCGCGACCAGCACGCAGCGCUCAGUGUAGGCGUGGCGUCGCAGUGGGCACAGGCGCUUGAACGAGCCAAGAGCAAGGAGCAAGCUCGUGCUCUUGCUGCUCAUCCUGCUGCUGCUGCCGCUGCAGCCACCGCCGCUGCUGCUGCUACUGCUGCUACUGCUGCGAAGGCUACUGUUCCUGCUGCUUCUGCUGCUGCUGCUGCUUCUGACGCCGCUUCUGCUGGUAAUGGAAACGCAGCAGAUCGAGAUAAAACACAUGCAGGGCGUUCUUGUGUACAGCAGACAGUGGACGCAGUAGCAACAGAGACAGGCGCAGCAGCAGGAGCAGCAGUAAGAGCAGCAGAAAGAGCAGCAGAUACAGGAAAUGCCUCUUGUAACAUGCGUGCCAGUGCCAGUGCCAGUGCCAGUGCCAGUGGCACUCCGCUCCUCCCUGUGUACGUGGAUCGCGGGGGGAUGAGGGGAGCAACAAACCUGGCAAAGCCGCAGGAGCGUGUAGCAGUGGCGGGUAUGUAUGCAGCGGCAGAGGCACUGGGGGCGGAGGCAAGGUGUGCGUCGGCACCCCAUGAGGUGAAAGGGGAGGUGGGGGUUAGGAGAGAAGAGGAGGGCCUGCAGGUGGAGAGGGGAGAGGAGAGGAGGGAUGAGAGGAGGGAUGGCAAGGGGAAGAGGUCAAAAAAGCGGAGGCUUAGGAUGAGACAGAAACAUGAGGAACGCGAGGAGAGUAGGGAUGCCGGGGGGGGGCAGUGCGGGUUGAUUGCUGUGGGUGAGGCUGUGGGGGCGGAGGCGGAAGGGUGGGGGAAGGGGGAAGGGGAAAAGGAGGCGGAAGGGGGGGGGGAGGGGGAAGCGGAAAAGGAGGCGGAAGGGGGGGAGGAUGGAGGGAGGGUGGUGAAGAGUAAGAAGAGGAAGGGAGGGAAGCCAGAUAGACGAGAGGAUGGGAAGGAGGAGGGGAAGACAGAGGGGAGGGAAGAGGAAGCUGAAGAGACGGCACAUGCGAAGAAGAAGAGGAAGAAGAAUGGGAAGGGUAAGGUUAAGGGUGAAGGGCUUGAAGAAGGGAAGGAGGAGAAGAACGUGGGAGUAUGUUGGAAGCGAGAGGAGGAAGGAUGGCAGGGAGGGAGGCUGGGUAGGCCGCAGGAGAGGCGGAGGGAGACAGUCGGAGUGAGCGAGGAUGGGGAGCAGUUAUUGAAUCAGAUGCGGGAGAAGAAGAAGAAGAAGAAGAAGAAGAAGUGGAGGAAGAAUCGCCAUGGGAAGAAGGCGAGACGGGAGGAGGAAGUGGAGGAAGUGGAAGAUCAGAGGAGAUUGGAAGUAGACAAGGGGGAUGAUUGGUGUGACCAGGAGGAGAAGGAGGGCUUGGACGAGAGGGAGGGUGGUUCUGAGGAAGUAAGGGAAGAGGUGGAGGAAGAGGAGGAAGAAGAGGAAGAGGAGGAGGAGGAAGAAGAGGAAGUGGAGGAGGGAGAGGAGGAGGAGCCAGAGGAGGAGGGGGGGGAGGAGGAGGUGGAAAAAAACUGUGUUACCAACGAAAAGAAGCAGAGAAAAAAGAGCAGACAUAAGUUGAGACGAGAGGUACAUGUGGGGGACGAAGAGGUGGUGGAAGAGAGGGAGGAGGAAGAGGAGGAAAAGGAGGUAGAGGAGGAAGAUGAUGAGGAAGAAACUGCAGAAGUGGAGGUAGAGGAAGAGGAGACGGAGGAAGAAGCAGAAAGGGAGGAAAGGGAGGAGGAAGCGGAAGAGGAGGAGGAAACGGAAGAGGAGGAAAGGCAGCGAGCAAGCAUUAUUGACAUGGGGACAAAGCGGAGAAUUGGGGAGUCUCAUGGCAAAAGAAAUGGGACAAGGGAAGAUGACUACUCAGUUCCUGCCAAGCAAAAGAAGCCAAAUUCUCACGGCGAUGGUGGGGGAAGAGUGGAAGGAGUACAGGGCGAAAGGGUGAUGGAGGAAGGAGGAAAGAGCGCCAAAGCAAAGUGCAGUGAGAGGAGGGAGAAGAAGAAGGCAGGGAAGGGAGAGCCGCCGGAGGGGUUUUUGAGAGGUGAUAGUCCUGCUGGUGAAGGGGGGAAGGAAAAGGGAGAAGGGAAGGGGAGGCAAGGGGAGGUGCGUGUGGUUGGAGAUGGGGUGGUUGACGAGAGGAGGAGGUGGAGGGAGGAAAUGAGGGGAAAGAAGACGAAGAAGAAGAAGAAGGAGAAGAAGGAGAAAAAGAGAGGGAAGGACAGAGCGGCAGCAGCUGAUGAGACUGGAGACGGUGGUGCUGCUGCUGCUGCUGCUGCUGCUGCGGAACUUGAAUGGGAUGGUAGUAAGAGCAGUGGUGGUGAGAGCAUUGGUGGUAAUAUCAGCACUGCUAAGGCUGAUUGUAUUGGUGGUACCGGUGCUAGCUGUGCCGAUAAGGAUCACAGUGGUGAUGGUGGGGGUGAUGGGGUUGAUGGGCGUUGGAGGGAUGCUGCUGCUGUGGCUGGUGAUGGCCAGAAGUUGGUGCGAGAAGGAUGGAGGGAGAAAAGGGCGAGGCGGACGCGAGAGUGGAUCCGCCUCCAACGAGAGACGAAGAGGGCAGAGGCAGCUGCCGCAAGAAAGGCAGAGGAGGAGGGAGCGAGAAAGGCGAGGGACGACGGAGCUGCAGACGCAGCAGGAGGAGGAGGAGAGAAGGAGGAGGGGGAGGAGGGGGAGGAGGGGGAGGAGGAGGGGGAGGCGUUUGGAGUGAAGGGGAUUGCAGAGAAAGGGAAAGAGGAGGAGCAAGAGGAAGCGGCGAGAAAGGCUCUUGACGAUGCAGCAGAGAGAGAGAUUGAGGAGGAGGCUACACUUGCGGCGCUGCUGCUGAGCCAGGGAGGGCUACGAGGGGAGAGGGCAGAGAAGGGAGCGGAGGGAGGCCGGCGGGAGAGUAGGAGGAAGAGGAGGGAGAAGCAGAGGAGGCGGGUGUUGUGGGAGAGCAUGGGAGGGAGGAGUGUGGAGAAGAGGAAGGAGAGUGAGGGAGAUAAGAGUGGGAAGAGGUUGACAGAGACUGAGAAGGUUGAAGGAGGGGAGAUGAAGAGUGGUGGAUGGAGGCAAGGGGAGGAGGAAGGGGAAGGCGAGGAAGGGGAGGUAGGGGAGGAGGAGGAGGAUGAGGAGGAGGUAGAAGGGGAGAAGGAGGAGCGCGAGGAUGAGCAUGAGCAAGUGAAGGGAGAGGAUGGAGAGGAGGAAGAAGAGGAGGAGGAGGAAGAAGAGGAGGAGGAGGAAGAAGAGGAGGAGGAGGAAGAAGAGGAGGAAGAGAGUGAGCAUUGCGAGGAUGCGAGAGCGAAGGUGGUUCUGGGGGAGAGUGUGGAGGAGGAAGAAAGUGAGGAGAGUGAAGAGGAGGUAGAGGAGCAAGAGGAGGAGGAAGAGGAGGAAGAGGAGGAAGAGGAGGAAGAGGAGGAGGACGAGGAGGAUGAGAAGGGAAGCAAAGCAAUGGCCUUGAAGCCAAAGAAAGAAGCAGAAGCACAGCCCAGGACAGCACAGAGCAUGACAGGGAGAACAGGAAGCAGGGGGGUGGGUGAACAGGAAGCGCUGAUGGGAGUAGAUGGAGGUGUGCUGAGGAGGGGUGUGAAGGAGGUUGGAGAGAAGGACCUAGGGGGAGAUGGCAAAGGGGGGAGUGAGAGUGAAAAGAGCAGAAAAGAGAGUGAGGAGUGUGAGAGUGAGAAGGAGGGUGAGAGUGAGCAGGAGAGUGAGGAGAGUGAGAGUGAAAAGGAGGGUGCAAAGGAGAGUGAGAGUGAAAAGGAGAGUGAAAGGGAGAGCGAGAGUGAAGAGGAGAGUGAUGGCAAGCAUGGCAAAAAGGGGCAGGAGAACAAGGAGCAAGAAAGGGAGACGGAGACAGGGAAAGAGGAGAGUAGUGAGGAGGAAGAGAGUGGCGAGGAGGAGGCAACGAGUGAGGCGGAGAGCAGUGAAGAGCAGGAGGAGGAGGAGGGGGAGGGGGCAACCACGGGUGGUGCCACUGCAAGAGACGCAUGUGAGGGCAGCGAGCACCGUCUAGCAAUAGUGCCCGUCCAUUCAAGCCCUCUGCAGCUGGUGCCGAGCGGAAGCUCUGAUCAGAGUGCAGGUGCUGCUGAUGUGCGCUCACAGGGGGAAGUGAAGGAAGAUGGGAAAGAGGAGGAGGAGGUGGGAAGAGAGGAGAGAGGGGGUGGGGGCUGUGUGAGGGCAGAAGCAGGGGGUGGGGGUGGUGAGAGUGGUGGGAGUGGUGAGAGUGUGGUGCAGAGGAAAGCUGUGGUUGCAGCGGUGGAGGGGAGGGGAGACGGCGGGAAUGACAGGGCCGCUGCUCCCCACAACUCCGUACUACCCACCAACAUGCUGCAUGACAACGUGCCUCAAGACAACAUGCCACCCACCGACACGCCACACUCUACUGUGAUGUCGGCCCCAUCCUCACUCCCGUCACCCCCUCCUCCUGGUCCCCGCCAGCUCAUCCCCGUCCGCAUUCGCCCUCCGCGUCCAAACCUCAUCGGUCGCCUCGAAUACAGGAGAGACAGCAGGUGCAACUUUAACAUGCCACCGCAGCCAAAGGGGCGGCAAGCCCAGGAGAGAGAAGCGGCGGCACGGGACAGAGUCGCUGCGAUCCAGCGCGGCGUGAAGGACAAGCUGAAGGUGCUUGCAAGCGAGGGCGUGGAGAGGGGGAGGGCGUUGCGCCCACAGGAGCUCUGGCAAAGCGUGUGGGAGGAUGAGGAGGUGGUGCGGUGGAGCACGGAGCGCAAACAGUUCUGCGGCGUGGGGCACCUGCCCGGGGUGCCGCUGGGCAUGCAGUUUGUGUGGCGGAAAGAGCUGGAGCUGCUAGGGAUGCAUAUGAAGUGCUUGCGUGAUGUGGAUUGGGCAGAGGCGAAGAGCUGGGCGCUGGGAGAGGAGUGGAAGGGGCAGGGUGGGAAAGGUCCAACCGUGGCCACGUGCAUUGUGCAUAAGGUUGGGGGCUCGGGAGGUCGUGGUGGUGGCGGUAGCCACAGCAGUGGUGGUGGUGGUCGGAAUGCUGCUCUUUUGGGCAAGCAGGGAUGGGGCAAGAGAGCUAGGUGGCAGCAGCAGCAAAAGACCAAGAGCAAGGCAAUGCGAUGCAAAUCAUGGGAGGAUGAUGAGGAAGAGGAAAAGGGGGGGGAGGAAGAGGAGGAAGAGGAGGAGGAGGAUGAGGAGGAGGAGGAGGAAGAAGAGGAUGACUAUGGAAGCGAGGGAGGGGAAGGGAAAGAGGCGGCGGACUUGUACCCUGCAAUAUGGUUCACGCUAUGGGGGUUCGACUGGGAGACCCGGCAGUACGAGAGCCAGGCGCAUGCCCCAGGGAACAGGGCUCUGCUGCACAGUGCUGUGGCGGGGCUGCCUGUGCGUGUGGUGCUGGAAAGGGAGUGGCAAGGGCGAGGGACGGACACACAACACCAGAGCCCGCAGCAGAGGCAGCAGCAGCGGCAGCAGCAGCGGCAGCUGCGCAACACAAGGGCCCGAUUGAGCAGAGACAGAGGUUCCCCUCUUCCUGCUGCUGCUUCUGCUGCUUCUGCCGCUGCUGCUGUUGCUGCUGCUGGUGGUGGCGUGGCAUUUGGGUCACCUGCAGCAGAGAGUGGGGGGGAGGCCAAUUGCAGUUACAUGUAUGCGGGGCUGUACCAUGUGGGGCGAGUGGAGCAUGGACGCAAUGACAAGGGCAAACCGGAGCUCCGAUACUUGCUGUUCAGGCUUCCUGGACAGGGGAGUCGGCCUGUGGCUGGUGGUAGAGGUGGUGAAGAAGAGGAGGGAAGUGAGGAGGAGGAGGAGGAGGAGGAGGAGGAGGAGGAGGAGGAGGAUGGUGAAGAGGAGGAAGAGGAGGAAUCGGACGGUGAGAGUGAGCAAAUUCAGGGGAAAAAGAAGCGCAAGGGAAGAGGCAGAGCAGCAGCAGCAGCAGCAACAGCAGGGAAAUUAACAGCAGACAACGACGACAUGGGAAACGUGGUUGAAGAGGAAGGAGGUGAGGGGGAGAAAGGGCGAGAGAUGGACGAGAAAGAGAGUGCUGAAGAUGAGAGUAAAAAUGUAGACUUGAAAGCCAUGAAGGCAAAGCCAAGUGAUACAGAGGAGUCUGAAGAGGAGGAGGGGGAGGAGGAAGUAGAGGAGGAGGAGGAAGAAGAAGAGGAGGAGGCGGAGGAAGAGGAGGAGGAGGAGGAGGAGGAAGAGGAGGAGGAGGAGGAAGCAGAGGACGUUGAGACGGAAGCAGAGAGUGUGAUGUAUGAAAGUGAGAGUGAGGAGAGCGAGAAAGGCGAUGAGAGUGAGGAGGAGGAGGAGGAGGAGGAGGAGGAGGAGGAGGAGGAGGAGGAGGAGGAGGAGGAGGAGGAGGAGGAGGAGGAGGAGGAGGAGGAGGAGGAGGAGGAGGAGAAGGAGGAGGAGGAGGAGGAGGAGGAGGAGGAGGAGGGCGGUAGUGACAGCAAUGGGGAAAACGACAGUGACAGCUACGAGAGUGAGAGUGAGAGUGAGAGUGAGGAGAGCGAGGAUGGGAGUGAGGGGUAUACGCGAGAGGCAAAGAGUGCAGGCGGAUUAGAGGUAGUACAGAAAGGCGAUGCAGCUGCUGCUGGGAACGCUGCAAAUGCUUCCAGUACUGGCAAUGCUGCAAACGCUGCUCGUGCUGAAGAGCUUCCAAAGGCGUCUACUGCUGGUGCUGGUAGCCUUGUGGUGUCGGGCCUUGCAGUGCCCGUGCCUGACCCACCUGCACGUGAGGGCUCUGCUGUCAUACUCUUGCUCGUGCCUGAUGCUGCAGCCUCGCCUGCAGGGAAGGGACGACGAGGGGAGGUGGAGGAAGAGGAGGAGGCGGAGGAAGAAGAAGAGGCUGAAGGGGAGGAUGAAGAGGACGAGGAAGAGGAGGAAGACAACGGAGAUGAGAGUGAAGAGGAUGAAGAGGUCGAGGAAGAGGAGGAAGAGGAUCUGGCUGCUACGAAAACAGCAAAAGAGGGGAAUACUGGUAACAAAGAUGAGGAGGAAGAGGAGGAGGAGGAGGAAGAGGAGGAAGAGGAGGAGAAAAAUGAGGAGGAAGAGGAAGAGGAGAAAGGAGAGAGUGAAAGCGACGAGGAGGAGGAGGAGGAGGAUGUGGAAACGGCUGUGACAGGGGUGGUAGGGUCACGACGGCGGCGAGGAGGAGGAGGAGGAGGAGGAGGAGGAGGAGGAGGAGGAGGAGAGGAGGAGGAGGAGGAGGAGGAAGAAGAAGAGGCAGAGGAAGAGGAGGAGGAGGAAGAGCAGAAGGAAGAGGCGGAAGAGGAAGAGGAAGAAGAGGAAGAGGAAGAGGCAGAAGUGGAAGAGGAAGAGGCAGACGAGGAGGACGCAGAUGAGGAGGAAGACCAAGAGGAAGUGGAAGAGGAAGAGGAAGAGGAAGAGGAAGAGGAAGAGGAAGGGGCAGAGGCAGAGAUGGGCAAGUCAAGUGCCAGGAGUAAGAGCCGCCACAAGGAACGAGGAGAGAGCCGUGGCACGAGGGACGAUGGGCAGGGGGCGAAGGAGAAGCAGAGAAAGACAAAGACGAAAACAAGCACGCAGCAGCAGCAGGCGGCGGAGGAGGAGGAGGAGGUUGGAAGUAAGAAACGAGAGGAUGCCGAUGUGAGAGGAAGAAGUGAGGGGAUGGAGGCGGGCAAGAAGAAAGGGGAGACAGGGCCACGAAAGGGAGCUGCGGGUGAGGACGAUGCUGGAAAAGAGAGAGGAGAUACGGUGGUGGAGAAAGCAGAGGAGGUUGAGGGGGGUGCGAGAGGUAGUGCGAACAGAGUGGGCCGUGGUGCUGGGAAGCAGUUGAACGGGAAAGAGGAGAGGGUGGAGAGGAAGAGAGGGAAGGUGAAGGAGCAGGAAGAUGGGGGGUUUGCCAGGGAUGGUCACAGUAGCAAGCACGAUGGGGCAGGGCAGAGUGAAAGUGGUGUUGGGAAGAAGAAGAGUGGGCAGAAGAGUGGGGGAAGAGACAGGAAUGGUGAGGAUGGUGAAGCAGGGAAGAAGGAACAAGCAGAAGGGAAGGAGGAGGAGCCGCACUGGGAGGAGGAUGAGGAAGAGCAUAGGGAGGGGAGGGCGGUUGAGACUGCGAAGAAAGGGAGGUCAAGGACAGAAAAGAAAAGCGACAGGGAAAGGGAGAGGAAGAGAGAAGAGACGGGAGAGGAGGAAGGGGUGUCUGAGGCGCAGAGCGGGAGGAGUAAGAGGAAGAAGGGACUUGGGGCUGACAGGGAUGAGGGAAAAGGGAGCAGGACAGAAGGUGUGAAGGCAGCAACAGGUGAAGCAGAAACGGCGAAGACGGAACGGCGGGGAGGAAGGAAAAGAAAACAAGAGCUGGAGGGGAAGGAAGAUGGAGAUAGGAGGGGCAGAGGGGGGCAGGUUGCAUCUCCAGCGGAUAGAAGAGGGAGGAGAGUAGAGGUGCCUGAGCAUGGUGAGGAGGGGGUGCAGGCAGUGAGAGAAGAUAGCGAAAGAAGAAAGAUUGCAAGCAUGGCAGGUGGGGAUGUGGGGACAGAGACAAGAGGAAGCAGAGAGGGAGACCCGGCAGCGGUAAUGGGCAUGCCAGCAGGAGCUGGGACAGCAGCAGCAGCAGCAGCAGCAGCAGCGGCAGCAGGGGUGGGGCUGGGGGUAGCAGCAGUGUGGGGCAGUUUGAGUCAUGGGGCGAUGGCACAUGCGAUGCAGGGUCAGAACCAUGAUGGAUCAGCCAGUGCGCCACAUGGGCAGCCUCACGUUGGCCCAUUUCCCUUUCACCCUCAGAUGAAUUCCUACGCAAGCCCCAAUUGGCAUAAUGCUCAAAUGGCUGCUUCUCAAUUUGCUCCUCUUCCUCCCCCUCUGCACCCCAGCAUGUUUCAGCAGCAGCAGCAGCAGCAGCAGCAGCAGCUCCAGCACCAGCACUUCCAUGCUAGCUCUUUCCCUCCCCACUCCACCCCACCCCCUCAACCACAUGUGCCAAUUCCAUAUGGGAUUUCUUCUGGCACAGCUCCUGGUGCUGUUGGAUGGUACACGAUGUAUGUACCUAUUCAGUCUGCCUUGGCUACAGCUGCUGCUGCUGCUGGCGGUGGUGCUGGCGGUCACCCUGGUGUCGAUAUGUUUGGUGCAUCUCCUGUCAGCCAGAACUUCCGACCACCUUCACAGCACAUGGGCCCCAGUCCCAUCCAACUUGGACGCGGUGGUAUUGCUUCUGGUAGUCAGCGACAAUCAGGUGCAAGGCGCCAAGGACACAACACUAGGCAACAAAACUUGCCGCCAUUCACGGCUGAGCGUAGUCCUCAAGGGCUGUUCGGUCAUCCACAACCUCGCCAUACCCAUUUUGGCUGAUAGCUCGACUUUGUUGUAUGCAUGAUGAUUUAGAGAGGUCAGCAUAUCCAAACCAGGGCUGUCGUUAUCAGGGUAUUUUACCCUGAUACCCUGAUUUCACAGGGUAUUUUUUUGGCCAACCCUUAAUUUUCAGGGUUGGGUUUUUUUUAACCCUAACCUCUUCAGGGCUGUAUGUUUGUGAACAC